AUGCAACAGCAAAGUGACCAGCAUGCUCUAACAAAUCAGGAAAAUGGUCACACCGCAAAUAGCCGCUCUAACCCUGUCGAGCAUUCCUCGGAGAAGGAGCAAGAAGGUCCUCGCGGCGCAGUGUCUUCAAACGAUUCAUCUCUUACACAGACAAAUCCAGGCUCAUCUGGAACGCAUGAGACUCUAUGGGAUACUUGCGUUGAGCUCUACAGUCUCCAAUUCGGUAACAGCGACUACUUUUCUAUAGUAGAGCAGACGCAGCCCCUGUCAGACGAAUAUCCAAUCUACAUUGUGAAACGGUUUUCUGGCAUCAACGUCGAGGAACGCAUGAACUUCAUACAGCAGAUCAAGCAUGAACUGUUUGUUCAGCCUCGCCAUAUUUUCUCUGUAGAAAAUGAGCGUUUCGUCACAUUCGAAUUCAUGCCACUGUCUCUUGCGGAGCUCGAAGGGAAUCCUCUCAUGAAUGAUUUCCGGCUCGCAUCUAUCCUGGGACAGGUCGUGCAAGGACUUCUAUACCUAGAGGAGAACUCUUUGAGUCAUACCAAACUGACGUGCUCCAAUAUACUCAUCGACAUACAUGGGACCGUGAAGCUCUGGGGUCAAGAGUUCAUCCGGACUUGCUUUAACUUGAAUGAAGCCAUACAGAACAUUGCCGUCGUAACGAUGAAGCUUGCACAAGGGUAUGCUGACAAGGACGGUCGAUUUCGGUUGGAUAGGCCAGAGCGUUUUCCGCUUGGCUCUGACUUUCUCUGUGCACUUGAGCAGAUGACGAGCAUUGGUGAGCUUAAUCAGCACCCAUUGUUGCGAAUCCCAUGGCACAAGGGACACCUAGGCGGGUUGCUAGCCUUGGCCCAAUCCGCCUUGGACACUGACCUCAUCAACAAUGUUGUCCAGCACUAUAUGAAGGAGCAUCAAAGCAUCAUCCUCGCUGUCGUGUAG